AACACAGCGCGGACCAAUACAGUUCCUCUGUAGGCAGGUCUCUCUAUUUGUAUUCUGAUUGAAUCGGUUCAGAUUGUAUUAGUUUGACGAGAAGAGGAGCAGGAAAAACGGGGAGAUCUUUUUAACUAAAUGCUGUAACUGUGGUUCGACAUGAACCGAUGCGUAAUGGCAAAUAUGGAAUGAGUAGAUCUUCAACCAGCCGCGCUAAGUCGUGACGGUUUUAUUGUCUGCGACGCCUCUGUUUUACCAGACUGCAUUUACAGGGAUGCAUCCGAUGAUAACUGCGCAGGGAUGCCUCCGAUGAAUAUGGACAAACAGGGCGUCUGUUACAAUGACGAAGACUUCUUCCUUUUUGUUUUUCACACGGGCCAACAAGAGAAACACUGCAGCGUCGGCUAUGAACAACUCAAACGCUCCUCUCAUCCAUCGUUUCUAUGAAGAACAUUGCGCAGUGCAGUGAAAGCGGGAUAUCGUGGUGUGGAUUUCUGACUGGGGGUGAAUAUAUUAGCAAAUCAGUUGGUAUUCAACUGGGUAUCGGUUCCCAUUAUUAGAUCUACAUAUACUGUCAAUGUAAGGGGCGGAGGGUACAAAUGAGAGGCAAACAAUAUCACCCACUUAAGUUGACAGCUCCUUGGGAGAAGGAUGCUGGCUUUGGGAGGAAGCUUAAAACCUACAGGAAUCAUACCAAGAUAAUAGCACAGCCUGGGAUCGUGAUGAAAGUCCUCCGUAGGAAGCGGAUUGUUUUAUUUAUGGCCUAUUUCUUACUGCUGGUCCUCACUAUGCUUAACUUGGCUAAUUACAAAUGGACUAAAGAGCCACAGCAGUGUAAUCACCAGAUGAGGAGCACCAGUUAUCAGAGCAGAUCUGACAUUCGCUUCCUCUACAGGCCUUCUCUAGCUAAAAAGAGACAGCUAAUCUAUGUUCUGACCACUUGGAGGUCAGGCUCAUCGUUUUUUGGGGAGCUUUUUAACCAAAAUCAUGAAGUGUUUUUCUUGUAUGAGCCAAUGUGGCAUAUCUGGCAGAAACUGUACCCAGGUGAUGCAGUCUCAUUACAAGGGGCAGCCAGGGACAUGCUGAGCUCCUUAUACCGCUGUGAUCUGUCUGUAUUUCAACUUUACAAUAGCCCUGGGGGCAAGAAUUUCACUUCCCUAGGGCUAUUUGGGGCCACCCUCAACAAAGUGGUAUGCUCUUAUCCCCUCUGUUCAGCCUACAGGAAAGAGGUAGUGGGGAUGGUGGAUGAUAAGGUGUGUAAAAAGUGCCCCCCUCAAAGCCUUAGACUACUGGAGGAGGAGUGCCUCAAAUACAACACCAUAGUCAUUAAAGGGGUACGGAUUUUAGAUCUUAAUGUGCUGGCCCCCCUCAUGGAGGAUCCAUCCUUAGAUUUGAAGGUGAUACAUUUGGUCAGAGACCCGCGGGCAGUGGCUAACUCCAGGAUCAAAUCCAGACAUGGCCUGAUAAGGGAGAAUUUACAGGUGGUCCGCAGCAGGGACCCAAAACUCCGCCGGAUACCUUUUGUGGAUCCGGCACACAAAGCCAACAAGAAGGAUGGCUCAGAUUACCACUCCAUAGGAGCCAUGGAGGUGAUCUGUGACCGCACCUCCAGGACUCUUAGGACCGCUUUAAACCCACCCAGCUGGCUGAAAGGGAAGUACAUGGCUGUGCGGUAUGAGGACCUGGUUGAGAACCCGGUUAAGACUCUGAGGAGUGUCUACCACUUUGCCAACCUGACCGCCAACCAUGACAUCGAGUCAUUUGCUUUAAACAUGACCAGUGGCUCCAGUGCCUCCUCCAAGCCAUUCAUAGUCUCGUCCAGGGAUGUCACACAAGCUGCAAGGGCAAAAAAGAUCAAACAAGUGGAGGACUACUGCCACCAUUCCAUGUCUGUUCUAGGGUACGAAAGAGUGAGAACAGCCGGAGAGGCCAAGGACUUGAGCAAAUCACUAGUGACACACUCCAAGCUGUGAAGCUGUUCAUAUCGCCAAAGACCUUUUGAUUUAAUGUUCAUUUUGCAUCAAGUUUCUUAUUGUGGAAUUAAAGCUUUACAUUAAAUCAGCUCUGGAGGGGCUCCACUGGCCAUGACGGGAAUGUAUCAUGUUUCUAUCAGUUGAGUUUUAGUGGUAUUUGAAGGGACCACUUCUUUUAUACCUGAAGAACUACUGGAUGUGUCUGACAACACAAGGCCUAUGAACUUGAACAGUGAAGUGAUAAUAAAAAAAUAAAUUAUAUAAUUCACAUAUCUUAUGACACUUCAAAGUGGAUGUUUUGAGCUUAUUUUUGAAUGUUCAAACUUAGAAAAAAAUGCUUUUCUCAGUCUCCAUUUUGUCUGUAAAGGUAAAAAUUGUGGAUAAAAAAAGAAUUGGAAUAAAGCAGGACACUGUUUAUUUGUAAGAGCUGGUUGAAGUCAGAGACAAUCAAUAAAUUGGUUUGUUGAUGUGCCAUAGCUAAAGGUGUGAUGAGUAGGCUACAUCAGAACAUCAUUAGUGCUAUUUUUUUAGAUUUAAAAAGGGAUGUUUUGAUUUUUGUAACCAAAUCCUCAUAAAAUAAUGUCGUGCACGUUAGACAUUGUCAUGGCUUUGGAGCUGAAAAAUCUCUUUCAGUGUAAGUGUAAGUGUCUGUUCUACCAUUUCAAAUGUUUACAAUUGCUUGCUCAUAUGACAACACACAUUCUGGAAAUAUUACGUUGAGUAAAGUUCACAGUUAAAACAAGUUGUGCAUGUAUGUUGAAGAACCUGCUGUACAUUUCAAAACCAACAAAAAUACAACAGAAUUGCAACAAAUUUACAAAAACACAAGUGGUUCUCAAAUCCUGGUUUUUAGAAAUUCACAAACUGGAUUUAAUAUUUUUAUAAAUGCUGCCAAUAUCUAUGUUGCACGUAGGUUAAAUAAUAAUGUAGUUCUAUAUAUUUGAGAUGUUUCAAUGCAUACUGUACCUUAGUUAAGUACAUUAUGCACCACUGAGCCUUCUACCAUUUGUGAACCGCUGU